GAGACAGAGGCACUGACUGUUCUCUGUUCAGUGCAGAUGCUGCAGACAGCUUCUACCUUGGAACCAGCGGAGAAGCAGCUUAUUUUUGUUUUCUGCCCUCUCCCUCUUUGCAAUUGAAGAUGAGCUCGGGACAUGGUUGAAACACAUAAGACGGCGCUUCGAUAAAUGGGGAAGUACUGCCCCGUGCUGGAGAACUCCCGGGUCGGCUUCCAAGGAUUGUGUUGAGGAAUGAGUUGGUAGGAGCAGCCGAGGUUCGCGGGGGAGGGGUGAAGGAAGUUAAGUGAUGGGUCACAGCUUGUUGGAGGGAGCCGGUGCAAAAGUACAAAACACAAAAACACGGGGAGCUCGUUUCGAUCCGACGCUGUAGCGUGCAGCAGGAUGAGAAAACAGCCCGCUUGUCCUGCAGCAUGAAACCAAUCUCGCCCACUUUGUCCUUUGCUUGAAAACGUUGCCCAGCUUUGCAGAACAACGACAAAAAUAAACUGCCAAUUUUUAUUGUGCAGAGAAAAACGACUUCGCUCAGUUUUGCAGAAGAACAGGAUAAGACUGCCUCGGGGACGGAGGAACAACUUUGCCCAGUUUCGCAAAAACAGCGACGUGAAGGAAGAGCUUUUGUCAGUUUUUGCACAGGAAGGAAAAUAAAAGGACUUCGCUGAAUUUUGCAAAGGAGGAAAAUAAGACAACCCUACCCAGUUUUGCGAAACACCGAUAGAAAAAAAACCAGCUUUUGCACAAGAGGAAAAUGGGACUUUACCCAGUUUUGCAAAGGAACAAUUUUGCCCAGUUUUGCAAAACAUGAACGACAAAACCCGUCAGAUUUUGCAAAGGAGGAAAAUGAAACAACCUCGCCCAGUUUUGCAAAACACCAAAAAGUCUUUCACCUUUUCAGCAGGAGGAAAACCGUAAGGACUUUUACCCAGUUUUGCAAAGCAACAGCCUUGCAGCUUUGCAGAGCAUCAGCGACUUUUCCCCAGGAGGGAAACAGUAGGAAGUUGCCCGGUUUUGCAAAAGGAGCAGCCUUGCAGUUCUGCAAAAUACCGGCAAAUAAAAGUCUGUCAGCUUUUUGCAGAGAAGAAAAAUCAAACAAGCUUGCCUAGUUUUGCAAAACGCCGACAAGUAUGCCCUUCCGUUUUUGCAAAGGAGGAAAUUGAAAGUACGCUGCCCGGUUUUGUGAAGGAACAACGAGAGAAGAAAAUUGCUGCAAAGGAAAGAUUUUUUUUUUGCAAAUAAAAAAGGACUUCGGAUGGUGGUUUUAUUGCAGCACUGACUCCAAACCAAAAGAGGGAACAAGAGCGGACGCUUUGGGGGUUUGGUAUGGGUGAUAUGGCAGGGGGCUGGUGCAUCGUUUGAGGUUGCAUUUGGAAAGGGGAGAUGCAGGGGAGCGGCGAGAUGGCGAACUAUCGGAAGAUCGGGCGGACGGAGGAGGAGAGCCCGCUGCCUUUCGCUGACCUGCCGGCGGACACGGUGGAGAUGCGGGUGAAGGAGGGCAGCAAGAUCCGCAACCUGAUGGGCUUCGCGCUGGCCCGCAUGGAGCUGGAGGGCACGCGGAGGAUAGUAUUCAGCGGUUCGGGCCGGGCGGUCACCAAGACCAUCACCUGCGCCGAGAUUAUGAAGCGCAGGCUGGGAGGGUUGCACCAGAUCACCAAGCUCCGCCCGAGGAGCCUGCGGGAGACCUGGCAGAGCAGCACCGCCGGCAGCGGGGCAGCCCUCACCCUGCUCAAGACCGUUCCGUCCGUCUGCAUCCUGCUGUCCAAGGAGCCCCUGGACCCCGCCGAAGCCGGCUACCAGCCCCCGGACUCCGCUCCCCCGCUGUGGCCGGAGCCCGGUGCCGCCGGUGCUGCCCGGGCCGGGCAGGAGGAGCCAGGGUUCAGCCCGGCCAGCCGGGGCGUCAAGCGCCGCUGCCGGGGAAGCGACAGUGGCGGCGGAGCGUCGCCCGAGAUGGUCCCGAAGCUCAGCAAAGGGGAACAGCCCAGUGAGACCCCUCCCUUCCCCAACUAUACUUACCUCCUGAACCCCCAGCAGUAACUCACAGACCGCAGGACACAAGUGGUAGUGUCCCUACCCCGGACCAGGGGAGUGUGUCAUACCAUCUCUAAACAGGUUAAAAAAUAUAUCACUGAGGGUCCUCUUGUAGUACAAUGACAGUAUCCGCACCUCUGGACUGGGAGUGUGUGUCAUAACAUCUCUAAACAGGUUAAAAAUGAAAUUGCCCUGAGGGUCUGUGUGAUACAGUGCUUGUAUCCCCACUCAUGGACUGGGACUGUGUGUCGUAACAUCUCUAAACAGGUUAAAAAAUAUAGCACUGAGGUUCCUCUUGUGGUACAGUGGUAGUGUCCCUAUUGCUGGAUUGGGAGUGUGUGUCAUAACAUCUCUAAACAGGUUAAAAAUGAAAUUGCCCUGAGGGUCCUCUUGUGGUACAGUGGUAGUAUCCUCACUCAUGGACUGGGAGUGUGUUACAUCAUGUCUUAACUGGUUAAAAAAAUCAUUUUGUGGGAUCUCUUGUGGUGCAAUGGUACUGGACCUACCCCAGGACUGGAUGGCUUGGAUUCAAGUUGUUCUAGAGUGUGGGUUAUACCAUCUCCGAACAGAUUAAAAAAUAUCACUUUGCCAUGAGGGUCCUCAUGAUACACUGGUAGUGUAUCCAGCCCUGGACCGGGAGUGUACAUCAUACCAUGUCCAAACAGGUUAGAAGAAAAUCACUACAAUCAUGGUCCUGUUGUGGUAUAGUGGUAAUGUCCCUAUUGCUGGACUGGGAGUGUGUGUCAUAACAUUCCUGAACAAGUUGUAAAGAAAAUCAAUUUGCCAAGAAAACCUCUUCUGUCUGGUGCAGUAGUAGUGUCCCUACCUAUGGACUGGGUGGCUCGAAUUCAAGUCCCACCUGCUCCAGAGGUGUGUGAUACCAUCUCCGAACAGGUUGAAAUAGAAUAGGAAUUACAGCAGGGGCUCAGUGUGGCACAGUGGUAGUGAUCCUACUGCUGGGCCAGGAGGUCCAGUCAAGUCCCACCUGCUCCAGAGAUGUGCCAUAACAGAGGUUGAUGUAAAAUAUCAAUUAUAUAUAGAGGUCUAUAUACACAUACAAAUCUAUACAAUUAUAGAGCACUUUGUAAAAUGCACAAAGAGAAGUAUUACUGUGUGGGUAUGUUAUGUUACAACAAAGAUGCAUUGUUAAGUCCCUGAACAUUAUGAAGUCUUUGGAACACAUAAUGAAAAAAGGACAUUUAAGAAGGGAAAUUUUAUUGCAACUUCAAAAUCCACAUGGAAGCAAAGUUCCCAAAGAUCACAGACUGGAUAAGAGAUUUAGCAAGAAAUGUAUUCGGUCCAGUUCUGAAGAAGGGUCACUCGACCUGAAACAUUAACUGUUUCUCUCUCCAUAGAUGCUACCAGACUUGCUG